CCACCAGAGGCCACACACACACACACGCACUCACACACGCCAGUCCUCUCAACCUUCAGAUCAGUACAUCCCACUAUGCUUUGCGAUGGUCUGACAAGUGGAUCCAAGAUGGCGUAGAAAGUAAAGCUAGAAGUUUUGUCCCUGAGUCAUGGCGGACAGGAGAGCGGAGAAGUCAUGUGAAGAAGCCAGCAGAUCGUUAGCAAGGCGGGAGUACGAGGCGGCAGUCAGCCACAGCACGGACGCCCUGGUGGUCCUUACACCCCAAGCCCCACCUUCCGGUGCCCCUGUCCCACAGAGCCCUACAUCCCUUGUGGCUGCCAGCGGACCACUCCGCAGCCGGGCCCUGCUCUACCGUAUUGCUGCCUUCUUGCAGCUGAAAAACUAUGAUGAAGCAGAUGAAGACUGCAAACACGUGCUGGCAGAAGAGAUUGCCAGAGGAGAUGGUUCGCUACAGGCCAGCUUGCGCUCUAUGCUGUUGGAUGGCAGCCUGGAGGAGGUGGCCAGCAUCCUCUCCAAAGCCUUGUAUGGAGAGCCAAUGAAUGGCAUUGUCGCAAAAGACCUUUCCAGAUUAAAAAUGCUCUUCUCAGAAAUAGAGUCUAUAAAUAGGGAGAUGGCACCAGAAUACACAGAUGACCAGGAGGAAGAGGUCCAAGAUGGCUGGCAAUUCCGGCCUCCUCCCCGAGGAGUCACCAGCAGUGAGGAGUACACCCUCUGUAAAAGGUACUUGGAGCAGGGUCUGUGUCGGUACGGGGCCCAGUGUACGUCAGCCCACUCUCAGGAGGAGCUGAUGGAGUGGCAGAAGCGCUAUGCGUCACGCCUCAUCCGCCUCAAACAGCAGCAGGAGAGCAAACACUUCACCGAGAGCUACAUGGAGACUCUGAUAGAGAAGUGGAUGAAUUCCCUCUCCCCAGAGAAAGUGCUGAGUGACUAUUUAGAUGGGGUGAAUGUAGAAACCAGCUCCAGCCUCUCUGUUACCGUCGCUGCCAAAAAAUCCUCACACUCCUGGACCUUCUCAUUCUUGUGCAAGCCGGCUAGAAAGCUGUUCCGCAUCGCCCUGCUCUACGAUGCCCACCGACCACACUUCUUCAUCACAGGUGUGUCGUCUGAGGAACGGCUGCAAACCCUCCCCAAAGGCUGCCAAGAGUGGACUCCAGGAGACGACACGGCAGUGGCAGCAGACAAUGGCCUGGACCAUUGUGUCUACAAGGUAGCAGUGGGCUUCAGCACAGAAAUCUUUGGUACCUUCCGACAGACCGUUGUUUUUGACUUCGGCUCAGAACCUGUGCUGAUGCAGCGGAUCAUGGUGGACGCUGCCUCGAUUGAAGACCUUGAACAUCUGAUGGUAGCCAGGCAGCAGCUCUUGAUCUCUGCAAAGCGCUGGGACUCUUCCUGUAAGACCAUCGUAGAAUUCGUUCCUAAUGAAACGAUGGCAGACCUGGAGCGCAGCCUCCUUUCCCGAUAUCAGAUCCCUCUGUCGGCCGACCAGCUCUUCACCCAGUCAGUCCUGGACAAGACUCUGACCAAAGACAACUACCAGGCCCGACUGCAUGACCUGCUCUACAUUGAAGAGAUUGCACAGUAUAAGGAAGUUAGCAAGUUUAACAUCAAAGUGAAUCUCCAGCUAGUCACCAGCUUCAUGCUGACAGGCAUUUCUGUUGGAGCCAAGUAUGCCCAGAAUGGACAGCUCUUUGCACGCUUCAAACUCACUGAAACACUUUCUGAGGACACAUUGGCUGGACGGCUGGUGAUGACCAAGGUAAAUUCAGUCCUGCUCCUGCCAUUUGGUCGCGAGGGGUUCAUCAGCCAUCCGCCUCCAGGGGUCAAAGAGCGUGUUUACGAGGCUGUGAUUGAGGAGAAGACCAAGGACUACAUCUUCCUAAGGAUUUGCAAGAACUGCGUCGAGGAGCUGGGGCUACUGCCUGACAGAGAAUUACAGGUGGAGCUCCAGUUCCAGCUGAACAGACUGCCACUCUGUGAGAUGCAAUAUGCCCUGGAUCGCAUCAAGGAAAAUGGCAUGCUUUUCCCUGACAUCGGCCUUGCCCCCACCAUCCCCUGGAGCCCUAACAGGCAGUGGGACGAGCAGCUGGAUCCCCGUCUGAAUGCCAAGCAGAAAGAGGCCAUCCUUGCCAUCACCACACCCGUCACUAUUCAACUGCCCCCAAUCCUGAUCAUUGGGCCCUACGGCACCGGCAAGACUUUCACCCUGGCACAGGCUGUCAAGCACAUCCUCCGCCAGGAGCAAAGCAGGGUCCUGAUCUGCACCCACUCCAACAGUGCGGCCGACCUUUACAUCAAGGACUACCUUCAUCCUUACGUCGAAGCAGGCAACCCGCAUGCCAGACCUCUCAGGGUAUACUUCAGGAACCGCUGGGUGAAGACGGUUAACCCUUUGGUCCAGCAGUACUGUCUCAUCUCCAAUACACACAUCAAUUUCCAGAUGCCCACAAAGGAGGACAUCCUCAGGCACCGCGUGGUGGUGGUCACCCUCAGCACCUCCCAAUACCUCUGUCAGCUUGACUUGGAGCCCGGGUUUUUCUCUCAUAUCCUAUUGGAUGAAGCGGCCCAGGCCAUGGAGUGUGAAACCAUCAUGCCUUUUGCUCUAGCAAGCAAGACCACCCGCAUUGUGCUGGCUGGAGACCAUAUGCAGCUCAGUCCAUUUGUGUACAGCGAGUUUGCGCGGGAGCGUAACCUCCAUGUGUCACUGCUGGACCGACUGUAUGAGCACUACCCUCCUGAAUACCCUUGUCGCAUCCUCCUGUGCGAGAACUACCGCUCUCACGAAGCUAUCAUCAACUACACGUCAGAAUUAUUUUAUGACGGGAAGUUGAUGGCAAGUGGGAAGCAGCCCUCCCACAAGGAUUUCUACCCUCUGACCUUCUUCACAGCCAGAGGAGAAGAUGUCCAGGAGAAGAAUAGCACUGCCUACUACAACAACGCAGAGGUAUUUGAGAUUGUGGAGCGGGUCGAGGAGUUGCGCAAGAAGUGGCCAGUGUCCUGGGGCAAGCUGGACGACGGCAGCAUUGGAGUGGUGUCACCAUACGCUGACCAGGUGUUCCGCAUUCGUGCUGAGCUCCGAAAGAAGAGAAUGCAUGAGGUCAGCGUGGAGAGAGUGCUCAAUGUCCAAGGUAAACAGUUCCGGGUGCUGUUCCUCAGCACGGUGCGGACGCGGCAUACGUGCAAACAUAAGCAGACGGCCAUCAAGCGUAAAGAGCAGCUAGUCGAGGACUCAACAGAGGACCUGGACUAUGGAUUCCUCUCCAACUACAAGCUACUCAACACGGCCAUCACCAGAGCCCAGUCCCUGGUUGCAGUUGUGGGAGACCCCAUUGCACUGUGCUCUGUUGGGCGCUGCAGGAAAUUCUGGGAGCACUUUGUCUCCAUCUGCCACGAAAACUCGAGCCUACAUGGCAUCACCUUUGAGCAGAUCAAGUCCCAGCUGGAGGCCCUGGAGCUCAAGAAGACCUACGUCCUCAACCCAUUGGCCCCAGAGUUCAUCCCCCGCGCCCUCAGGCCACUGCAAGGGCACCACUCUUCUUCGCAGGCCCUCCACCCCCACCAUCAUCCACAUCCUCAGCAUGCACAGCCCGUCUCCAACAAGCAGGGGCAGCAACAGCAGCAGCAACAGCAGCAGUCACCCCCAAAGGGGAAACAUCCAAACCACACGGAGCACCUUCCCCCUGAAGGAUAUGCGCAACCCAACCCAGCCGUGUUGAUGGGAAACCCUAUUCGGGCAUUCACACCACCCUUGGGUGGCACACCAGCUGGCAUUGGCAAGUCACCAAGUCCUGUGCAGAGGAUAGAUCCUCACACAGGUGCCAGUAUCCUCUACGUCCCAGCGGUGUAUGGUGGAAACAUGGUCAUGUCCAUGCCCCUGCCUUUGCCUUGGCCAGGUUACCAGAAUCGCUUUGCUGUGGAUCCUCGUAUCAUGAACCACCCGGCAGCCAUGGCCUACAACUUCAAUCUGUUGCAGGCCCAGAAUCGAGGCUCCCCCAUCCCUUACAGUGGGGUUGGGCACCCCUCUCCUCUCGGGAUGGGCCAGCCCAGCCCUGACAAAGAGCUACAGGCAGACCCCAUCAGAAAUGGGAAAUUAGAAGGAUGUCCAAAGUCAGAACAGAGCCGUCUUCACACACCAGAGAGGAAAACCGCAGACAUGAAGGAAAAACAGGGAGAUUUAGACAGUCGAAGUCUAGACUCCCAGUCAGACGGGCUAGGUGGAUUUCCCAACGCGCUGCUCCAUCGAAAAGAUCCCUCAGCUGCACAAAGACCCCUCAACUAUCACCUAGCACCACCCAACCCAGCUUUUCCUCCACAUCCUGCGAGUGGAAGAGCCUUCCCCCCACAGUAUCCAGUCUCCAGGCUUCCUUAUCGGGUCAGCCAGCCUCAACACCCAGGGAUGGGCCCACAGAGUCAACAGCAACAGCUCAGCCCUGCCUACGCUGGUGGUAGCCACAACGCUUCAUUCUUCAGUGGCCCCAUACCCCCUCACAGGGCUGUCCAGUCUCCCACUUUGGAUGGAUCGGAGCCUGGAGGGGUGGAGGAGAUGAGUAGCUCCAUCAGGACUCCAAUGGGCCACCCAGGGGGCCACCACCCUGGCAUGUCGCAGCAUAACAGGGUCAACAGCUUUGGGGAGGACGGACAGGAUGGAAGCCUGGGAGAUAGUUUGGACCUCCAGGGUCCCUUGGCUCUAGAGGCCCUGAGCCAGCAGCAGCAGGCGGCCCGACUGGGCCAGUGGGGCGAGGCGGCAGGCCCCUUUCUCCAGGGCGGCGUUGCCUACCCUCUGCCCCAACAGCUCGCCCACCUUGCUCAGCCUGGCAUGGCUCGCUUCCCCCAUCAGCUGCUCCGGGCAGCUGGUUGGGGCCUUGGUGCCAAUAUGGAGGAUGAAGCUGUUACUUCUGCUACUACUGGGCCACCUUUCACCAGGUACCCGGGCCUCUUGAGAGAGAUGCCCUCACAGGAACAGCCUGAACCGAGGGAUGCAGCUGAGAUGCAGCCCCCACCUCAAUCUCGUCUCCUCCAGUACCGCCAGUCCCAGUCCCGUUCCUCAGGUGACCCUUCAUCCUCAUUAGCCACAACCUCCAAUCAUGCCGGCCCUUUCCCAUCAGGACCUUACUCCCAUGACGCAGGCCGCGAUCUCCUCAACGAUAACCUUCUCAACAACCCAGCUCUGCAGCAGCAGCACCCGGGGAACCCCCUGUAUAAUACUGGUAGCUACCCACAUCAGCCACCAGCCCACUCUGCCAGUCCCCCUUCCUCACAAGUGAAAUACCUUCUGCAAGAGGCCCAGUGGCCUCAUGGUGGAGCUGCGUCAGCGAGCCCACCACAGCAGAACCACCUGUUAGGGAACCAGGGCCACGGUCUUCCUUAUGGAAUGCCCAUCAUGGCUCACCCCAGCAGGCAGGAGCAAGUUCACCUGAUGCAACUUCACCAUCAGCACCAGCAACAACAGCAGCAGCAGCAGCAGCAGCAACAACAACAACAACAACAACAACAACAACAGCAGCAGCAGCAGCAGCAGCAGCAACAACAACAACAACAACAACAGCAGCAACAACAACAACAACAGCAGCAGCAGCAGCAACAACAACAACAACAACAACAGCAACAGCAGCAGCAACAACAGCAGCAGCAGCAACACCACCAACAAGGUCAAGGUCCAGACCAGGAGUCCUACCACCCACUGUCCCCCAGAACAUCAGCAGCCACAGCCAUUCACAAUGUAGAUGAGUAUGAACCCAGGGGUCCAGGCCGGCCUCUCUAUCAGCGCCGCAUAUCCUCUACCUACCCAGAUGACUCGUCUCCAGCCAACGCCCACAAUGCCCUGUCCCAGCAGUCCCAGCCCUGUACGUCAGACCCCCAGGAUCACCCGCAUCCGCACAUACAGCAUCAUCAGCACCCACAUGCCCCCUACGGUUACCCCUCGCAUGACGUCUGGCCCAGCAAUGGUGGGGGUCCCGGUCCGUUCCAGAACAUUCCAUGUAACGGAGCCGGCACACUCGCUCAGCACCGGGACCUACUGGCUUCCAAGGCCCUUCGUCAGACGGAGGAGCAGGUGAAGGCCGAGGCCACAGGAGCACAGCAGACACACCCACACCCCCUCAACUCCCUUCAGCACCUUGGACAGUUUCCUCCUCUCAUGCCUAAUAACAAGCAGCCGCAGCAACAGCAACAGCAGCAGCAGCAGCAGCAGCAGCAGCAGCAGCAGCAGCAGCAGCCGCCACCGCCGCAACAGCAGCAGCAGCCGCCGCAGCCGCUGCCGCCGCCGCAGCAGCAGCAGCAGCAGCAGCAGCAGCCUCCGCCACCGCCACCACCACAGGCUCCUACAGAAGCCAGCCAGGGGGCUCCAAAUUUAAGCAAACCACCAACCAUGUCCUAUGCCAGCGCCCUCCGCGCUCCACCCAAACCCCGAGCUGUUCGCCCUGAACAGGUCAAAAAGAACAGCGACCCUCUCUCCCUCCUACAAGAGCUGAGUAUAGGAAGUUCAAAUGGUAGCAAUGGGUACUAUUCCUACUUUAAAUGAGUGUCACCCCUCCCACAUAAUAAGUGAUGAAAUAUAAAAAAAAAAAAAAAAAAAAACGGAAAACAUUUUCUAAAAACACAAAAAAACAAAUAGUGCAAAGUGCAUUUACAAAUUGUUUCUAUCUUUAGGUUUUUUUCUGCAUUUUGUUUCAUUUUAUCUUUUUAUUUGUAACAGUAAUUUUUUCUCCUGUUUCACAUAUCUGUGAAGAAAAUAAGUAUAUAUAAUGAAUGCAUUACUGGUAUAUAUACAUACUCAUUAUGUAUAUAUGAAUAUAUACUUAUAUUAUCUACACUUGUAUAUGUACGUAAUGCAAAAAAAAAGUUAUAAAAACAAAAAAAGUAAAAAAAUUAAAAAGGCGAGAUUUGGUUGACCACUUAGCUACCUGCAUAUUUUUCCUUAUUGAAGUUGGUUUUGUUGGUUACUAAAUAAGUAUGUUGACGUUUUUAUCAUUUUGUAUUCCUCAGUUUUGAGUGGACGUUGCGUCUUGAUUUUCAUACUACUGUAGUUGUGGUAACAGACAAAAGCUAAGUGGUCAACUGACAGAAACUACAUGGAACAGUGUAUAGAAGUAGAUAAAUUUUCCUCUAAUCUGUAAAUAUAAAGAAAAUAAAAGACUGAAUUGUAUGCCACAGACAUGUCCUUAAAUUCCUGUAUCAUGCUAGCAUUUGCAUUAUGAAUUAUUUUCUGUUUGUUGGCUUCUGAUCCUUAAUUCUUAGACAUCCUGGGAAUAGCUGGGAAUUAUCUUCAGUGAUUUAGUAGUACAUGUGAUUUGUUUUCUGAAAAAUAACAAUACAAAUAUUGAUUGCAUAUUUUACUUUUCACCAAUGUCUCAUCAGCAACAAUAGAUGCAGUGUAAAAAUGUCAGAAUAGCAACAACCACGUCAUUCCUCCUUUGUUUGUUUUAAGGAUCAGAGAACACCAGACAUCACUUUCUAUGAUAAGAUUAUCCCAAACUGCUUCGCUUGUGGCCGAUGCUCAGUCAUUUUAUUUCAUUUUAUUUCUUUUGUGUCAACAAAUCUUCACCGUGGAAAUUGUUUCAAUAUCUGCUGGAGAUAUGAAAUGUGUUUUUUGUCACUAAUUGACAUUGAGCUUUUUUUGAAAAGGUUGCAGUACUCUGAAGGUUUGUGAAAGUGAAGAGGGUGGUGAGGUCAGAGUGGUGUCUUGAUGGGUAAGUUGAAACUGAGGGUGUGAUCAACACUGCCAGUCAGACGUUUUCGGAACAUGCUAAAUGCAUUUUUGGUUAAAUCUGAAGUAAAUAGAAUAGAUUCAUAGUAAUACAUUUGAAAAUACACAUUAAUGAUGCACACACUUGUGGCUUUUUCUUUGAUUUAGAAAUUGCCUGGAUCUUGUCACCGUAGCAAACAACAUACUGUGCUCUUAAAAUACUGUUGGUCUCUCGGACUUCUCCCAGUUUCUAGAUGCCUUUUUUCUUUUUUAGAUGCAACACAGAUUGCCCAAAGAUCAUUUGUCAUUUUUUUCUGUAAGACAAUCUUUUAAUUUCUGAGUAAUAUAAACCUCAUAAUAAACAAUAAUCACGUAUCUCACCCAUCAGCUAAUAUUUUCUACCAAAAACAUUGGAUCAUUUACCAUAAAAAUCUUUAAUAUUCUUUUCUUAUUUCAGGGCAUUCAAAGCAAACGGUUCCCCCAUCCCUUUUAACACUGCUUGAGAUUUAACCAAAAAAGUAUCACCCGUAAAAGUAGCUAUACAAUAAGCUGUUCAAAGACGUUUGUCUGUUGUUUAGCCUGUGCAUAAUAAGAAUGAAUCGGUAAUGUCUCGUCCGUUGUUCCUGGUCAUUCAGAGAAUUACAUUAUUCACUUUACCCGUCUGAUCCGAUUGAUAUAGUAAUAUUAAAGCGGUAGAUUAAUCUUAUUCCCUUUAAACUGAAUUGAAAAAGCUCUGACCGUGCUUUACAUUUGCGACGUCCACAUUACCUUCUUCUCUCACAACCUUAAACACACGAUGAACGUAACACAGGGACAUUCGUGUUUGAAUUCCAGUCAGUGAGUUGCUUGUUGUUCGUUGACACACACACACACACACACACACACACACACACACACACACACGGAGGCCACACAUGAAUUUCACUUCGUACAGACUGAAGCCCCCUGCAGGUCAAAUAAAAAAAAAAGAUGCUGAUACUAAAUCUGCCAAGGUUUUUCCUUUUUUUAUGAGGAAAGCAAUACUGGAAUCAGUCGUCCAGUACUCGGUCCUGUUAUAUGUAAUUCCUUUUAAUUGUUAAAAUACCACUGCCCCCUUUGCAAAUUGAUUAAAAUUGUGAUGAAAUCAUCCUGCCGUUUCAUGGCGUACGACAGUUCGUUGCUGUUAAAUCUCUUAAAAUGUCACUCCCUCAGAAAGCUAGUACCCCACGCCCAACUUUGAUGUGUUUUUAACAGUCAGCGGAGAGCUUCAUGGUUUUAUUUGUAUGUUUUUAAGUUUUGACAUUGUAAUUCAUAGGUCCAGACUUUUUUGACUUAGCGGAGAACUACACAUACUUGUAAAUACGCAUUUUCUAGGUAUUUACAAACAAGAACUUUGGGAGCGCCUCAAUUUUGUAGAAACUGUUCAAAGAAGAGGUAUGCCCUUUUUAAUUAUGCAAAUUCACAAAAAAAAUUCUAAUAAUUCUAGAAAUGGACAACAACAAACCCGGUUGGUAGUUGCAACAUCUUGUAACUUUUUAGAUUUUCUUUUCUUAAGAUGGUGUCUGGCUGAUUUGACAAAGAGGAGAGUUUCUGUUGCAGCUGUUAUAAGACGACUUCUUUCACUGUACAAUACAUAUUUUUAAGUAUAUGUUGCUGGAUUUGUCCUGUAUUGUUUUCUCACCGCUAUAAAACAAUCAACAUGGUAUUUUUUAUGUGAAGAUGUUUUUGUUUUCAUGCAUGUUGAGGUGACCCGGCUGGUUUUUAUCCCUGUUUUUAUCAGUUUGUAUUGAUUUGUGGAUGAAAAAAAAAAAAGAAAAAGAAAAAAAGACUUAUGUUCAACCUACAGAGUCAAAUUUUGGUAUAUUAUUUGAUGUGUACAAUAACUUGUGACAUUAUCAACAAAACUAUUAUAAUAUUUUACUAACAUGUCAAUCAAAUAUGUAAUGGUCAUGUAAGUUCUUUUUUUCUGCAGUUACUUAGCAGGGCUAAAGCUGAGGUUGCUCCCUGGUGUGUGUCGGAUUUACAAAGCUUUGGACGUGUUUUUUUGGGGGGGAAUCAUUUCCCCCAAAAGCAGUCGUUGGCUAAUCUCUGAAGUUGUGCAAUACUAAUAUUUCACCGCUUCUUCACUUUUAUUUAUUUUCGAAGCAGAAGAGAUUGAGCCAAAGACAUUUUUAAAGGGAUUUUAUUUCCAAAUCUUCGUCAUUGCUGAUUUGUUUUUAAAUCUUCAUUUUUGUCUUUGUUUCCAAAAUGAGUUUGACAGGAUCUUUACUACGAAACUAAAGUUCUUUACUCUUGUAAUGAAGUUGGAUUUUAAAUGUUUUCACCACGCAAUAUUGAACCAUAUAUCAUCAUAUGAAUUAUUUUCUUAAAAAAGUUCUGUGUUGCCUUUUGUGUGUGGCACAUGGAAAGGGAGCAACCUUUUGCCCAGCCAGUAGAGAGCACUGUGUUAAGCCUUCUAUAAACGCCACAUCUCGUCCUGUUAUCUGUUUGCUCUCCUCUGUUCUUCCCUCGCUGCAGUGAAUCAAUGGCACACCUGUUCUCCCAGCCUCCUAGUCCCAUUGGUUCCUCCCUCGUGGGUACAAAAAUAAUGAAUAGAUCUGUUUUUCUCUUCUUCAUUUCAAUUGGUGGUGGUUAUAAUAAAGGAUUUAGACUGUGUUUCAAAGGUUUAUUUUCUUUUUUAUUUGUUUCUCUAUUAAAGUGUUUUUAUUGAAA